UCUGAAAAGCCUUCUGGAUCUUAAAUGGUCUAGACUCUGGUUUUCCAUGAAAGCAACCGAGCUAGUAAAACCUGGAGUUUGGUUAGUUGGAGCUUUUCCUCCGUCCUGUACCUGAAAUAAACAAACUGAAAACUUCCAGCUAAUAUUCUAACGUGACGGCUUUCUUAAUCCCUUUGCUGAUGGAAUUCUGCUGAAUACUUCCUGCCUUAUACUCCUUAUAAUAUUGGCCAUGAUUGGUGGACGGCCUACCACCAAUCUGGUGCUGGGUACGGUACUUUUUGCGUGUAUUCUUCUUACAUAUCUGGGCUCCGGGUCCGCUCGAAAUCAAUGGGGCUCGACUCCGAGUCCCGCGAAAUGGGCCCCAUCACCGGCAAGCCAAGGCAAAUCGGAUGUGUUCAAUAGAACGCUUGGCUUUGAGAAGGUCUUCGUCAUAGGGCUCCCCGAGCGUUCGGAUAAGCGCGAUGCGUUAACUCUAAUGUCUUCGCUCACGGGGUUCAGGUUAAGUUGGAUUGACGGUGUUGUUGGUAACACUAUCCCAAAUAAGGCUCUACCCUUUGGAUGGGACCGAGAAACGAUGCGGGAUAGUAACCUAGGUUCCUGGCGCGGCCACGUAAACGCAAUGCGACGCAUAAUCGAAGAUGGAAUAUCGUCGGCGCUGAUUAUGGAGGAUGAUAUGGACUGGGAUGUGAAUAUUAAAGAACAGCUAGCCCGAUUCGCGGCGGCGGCUCGUUCCUUGCAGUCGGGAUUCCACCGAAACCAAACGCUAGAAUCGCCAAGCCCGUACGGCCAAGAUUGGGAUAUGCUGUGGCUAGGCUCAUGUGUAACAACGUUCGAUGAAGACCUCCCCGAACACCUGCGGAUCCCGCCCGAGGAGCGCGACUCCCGUAAGGUCUUCAUCUAUGACGAUCUGACGGUACCACCACCGGGGCAUAUUCUGGGCAACGGUUCCUUCAGUUGGGACGAUUAUCCCCCGCAUACCCGAAUAGUAUAUGUGCCCGGCGAUAAUGUGUGCAGCUUCGCAUACGCGCUGAGUGCAGCUGGGGCGCAAAAGGCGCUGCAGCAUAUGGGACUCGAGGGGCAGCGUAAACCCUUUGAUAACCACCUCAGCGACCUGUGCCGGUUACGAAUUAACGGUAUGCGGUGCGUGAGCAUAGUGCCAAGUUUAUUCGUGCAUCACCGACCGAGGGGAAGGAUUAGUAGCGACUCGGACAUCAAUAAGGGAAGCGAGAAUGAAGAGAUGCGUGAGGUGGGAUUUACUGAGAACAUAUUAUAUAGUACGCGGUUGAACUUGAAAAAUCUGGUUAGAGGGUUGGAACCGGAGAAGCAAUGGGUAGAUUGAUAUUUGAGCGUACGAAAUACAAAAUGCAUGGCCGGCGUAUAUAUAGGUAAUAAUUGAAUGAAGCCAAGAUUAUUCGGCAGUUUUGAGACAAGCAAACUGAGCAUUUAAAGUUAGAGUUUACGAAGAUGGCACUUGAUUCAAGGUACGACGAUAAAUAUGAGUUGUAAUUACACUUUGUUACU